AUGGUAGUUGUACCUAAUUUACUUGGUUUAGCUGUAUGGUCACCACCAAUCGAUCGACAUGGGAAUUCAGCUAGAGGUAUACAAUUCUGUCAAGAACUUGUUCAGCGAUUUAUUCUACAUCAUUAUGAAAGUCAUUUACAUUAUGAUAAAAAAAUCGAUCCACGGAAAUCACGUGACUCCUAUCGAACCGAUGCAGUGACAACAUUGUUAUUUGCUGCCGGGAAUAAUGAUUUGUCAACGCUUCGAAGAAGUUUUAUUCAUGGAGUCGAUUUCAAUGCAGUUGACUAUGAUGGACGUACCGGUCUUCAUGUAGCGGCUAGUUCUGGUUCAUUUGAUGCAGUGAAAUUUUUCAUUGAAGUUGCUGGUGUUCAACCAAAACCAUUAGAUCGUUGGGGACGUACACCAUUUUUGGAUGCGAAACAAUUUGGUCAUGAAAAAAUUGCUGAAUAUUUAGAAAGUAAAAGUAAACGAACUGAAUAA